UUUGUUGGAGUCGCCGCGAUGACUGGGCGAGGUCGUGGGUCCGCGCGCGUCCUGCUCGCCCCGCUGCUGGCGCUGGCACUGGCACUGGCACUGUUGGCGCUUCUGGCGCCGCCGGCGUUGGCCCGGGGCGGCCGGGAUCACGGGAACUGGGACGCGGUCGCUCUGCUGCCGCCCCGCGAAGAUGCGGCGCGCGUCGCCCGCUUCGUGGCGCACGUCUGCGACUGGGGCGCGCUGGCUACCCUCUCCACCGUGCCGGCGGUGCGCGGCCGACCCUUUGCCAACGUCUUCUCGCUCAGUGACGGGCCCCCCGGCGCGGGCAGCGGCGUGCCCUACUUCUACCUGAGCCCGCUGCAGCUCUCCGUAGGCGACCUGCAGGAGAAUCCAUAUGCUACACUGACAAUGUCUUUGGCACAGACUAACUUCUGCAGGAAACAUGGAUUUGAUCCCCAGAGUCCCCUCUGUGCUCACAUAAUGCUGUCAGGAAGCAUUACCAAGGUGAAUGAGACAGAAAUGGACUUUGCAAAGCAUUCGUUAUUCACUCGACACCCAGAGAUGAAGGACUGGCCUUCCGACCAUAAUUGGUUCUUUGCUAAAUUGAAUAUAACCAACAUCUGGGUCCUGGACUACUACGGUGGAGCAAAAACAGUGACACCUGAAGAAUAUUAUAAUGUCAAAUUUCAGUAGGUGAAGCAGAAUGUGGCAAAUGUAACCACACGGUGAAGCUUCUUAGGAUGGUUCAUACAGAUGUAAAGGGCUUCAUGUUUCACUGUGGGGUUUCCCCGAAGAUUAGCCUGUUUUCCUUCACACGCUGGUUUGCUUGCUUGCUUGUUUACAGAUUAGAGUUGGACUACUUCUGGAUUUCUUGGGAGGAUGUGGUUGUCAGGUUUCUUUGUUCUAUUUUUCAUGUUUUGAAGCCAUUUUUAUAGAGAAAUGUCUUUCAUUAAGAUCAAAGAAGCUUUGUUCCAUCACUUCCAAAUAUUUUCCCAACACUACUCCUUAAAGAGGAGCAAGUAUCAGAUUUAGAGUGCCCAUUGGCAUUCAAAGGUACUUGUUCUUUAUUCCUGGAAGCUGCUUGGCUCCAGGAGAGGGCCUGAGCCUGGUGCAGAGCGGUUGGCCCCAUUGCAGUGUGCUUGAAUAAAUCUUGCCAGAACAAACAAACAUCAAUGAAACGUAAGUGGUACUUCCUACUCUUGGUUAACUUACGUCCGACGAUCCUGGGUAUUGUCAAUUCAACACAGCAAAGCUAUUUUUCAUCAAUAAAGUUUUUUUUUAAUUAAAGUGAUAAUUACCUAGAAAAAAAGGAAGUUCAGAAACUUUUCCUGAAUUUGAUUUUCCCACCUUUUUUUUUUUUCUCUUUUAAACUAUGUAAUCAUUCUCCUCCCUCAGCACACCACACACACACACAGGCUCUCUCCCUCUCUAAUUUUUUAGCCCCAAAUUAAGAUUGCAAAAGAAAGAGAAGGCAGGGGAUUUUGUGCAUUAGUCUGGUCUUCUCGUAUAGGUAGAAUUAACCCAGACACGGAACGGCUUCAGCCAGGGUCAGAAUCUCUCUCUCCUAACCACUCGGUAGCUUUCUUAAUUGUGCUACUCUCAGCAAUGACCUAAGGCUUCCUCAGCUGCUGUAACUCUCUAAAUGGUUCCUAAUGCUACUACUCAUUAACUCAGGUCAUCAGAGGGAAGAGAACUUGGCGUUAAAAAAAAAUCGCAUUUCUUCAGAAACGAAGCGAUUUGGUUUUAUUAUGUAUAGACAUGAUUUCAGGAGACAAUACAAGGUGUGUCAGGAGGGAUCAAGCCACUGAGUUCUUCAAUGGUUAAGAGAAAGGAAGUUGAAUGUAAGUCAUUAUGUGGGAAAACUAUAAAACACAGUUAACUGAAAUCCAGCCAAGAGCCUCUGUUUAAGAAAAAAAUGGUUUCUAUUACAUUUAGUAAAAUGGGUUUCUUAUUCAAAGCAUCAGUGAUUAAAGACAUUAUUUUCAUGAAAUGUGUUGGGUUCAUUUUCUUAAACAUAGAUCUUAAUCUUCAUUACAUUCUGUCUACUGUCAAAACCUUUCUUUUCUGCUUUUAUUUUAGCAUGCUCUGAAGAAGACAGCCACUGGCUGUUUAAAAUUUUGAAACGAAUAGUACCGUUAGCAUUACCAUUUCCAUUAGCAAAAAGCCCAUCACGUCCUACAGUUUUGAGGAUGGCCGCACCCAGCGUGAUCACCUGCCCAGCCUCCGGGCCGCUAAUGCUGAGGUCUCUGUGGUCGCAGCAGGUUGAACCAUCUGUUUUGUUUUUCUUUUUCCCCUUUUCCCACUUAUUGCGAGUUUUGUUUUUUAGCCUUUAAUGCUACAUAAAAACACAUCUACAUUCAGGUAGGAUCCAGUUGUCAUACAGAGUAACGCAAAAACCACACCCAUUGCUGUCAAGCCGAUUCCAACCCAUAGCAACCCUACAGGACAGAGUCGAACUGCCCCACAGGGUUUCCAAGGAAUGGCUAGUGGGUUCGAACUGCCGACCUUUUGGUUAGCAGCUGAGCUCUUAACCACUGCACCACCGGGGCUCCCAUACAGAGUAAAGUUAAACAUUUUCACAGCCAGUUCUGCAGAAUCCUUUAUAAUUGUAUGUGCAGAGUAUGUCGCUGUUAUAUCUUGGUUGGCCACCAGAGAGCACUGUAGACUACUUUUUAUGCAGGUGCCUCUGUCCUGUACAGCUGAGCUAAUCAAACUCCCUAAAACAACAGGGUGGGCCAGGUUGGGGGUGGAUGGAUGGCCUACAAGAAGUGACAUUGGGAUAAAGGUAGCCCAGAAAGGGCAAGAGGAGAAGCAGAGGCAUGGUUUCAUGCUGUUGUUGAUGGGCUUUCAUGGAUUUAUACACCUCAUGCUUACUGUUUCCCGUCUGGCUUCUGCUCCCCCCACAUCCCACCUAUUGCAGAAAAGGGACAGAGCUCUGGCCUUACAGAGAUGGGAUGAUUGUCUUAAAAUGGGGCUGGGUUUGGCCCAGAGAGCAAGGCAACAGUCCCUGGUCAAGAAAAGAUAAAAGAGGUAGGGUGUGGCUGUGGAGUCUGAAGCUACAGAGACCCAGAUGGCUCUUUGGCCCUGAAUCUGUGCUCAGCUGGUCAAGACCGUUCAUCUUGACCAAAGCGUGGCCAAGACUCAGACUUUAUUCUGCCUUCUGGUCUCAGUUCAGAUUCUUUGCAGGUAUGUAGUAGAGUGAGGAAAAAUCCUUUAUGAAAUGAGACAGGUUCAGUGAAAUUAAAUGCAUACAUAUCCUGACUGGAGGUUCUUAUGUCGUGUUCCCUUCCUGGUGGUAAUCAGACUAAAGAUCACAAAGUAAUUGCAGCCUAGGCUAUACUUUCUGGGACAUGAUUUUUCAGUUCUGGUGCUAAGAAAUUUAAUGCUCUACUUUGUGUAAGGCAAGUCGGUCAGUAUUUUUUUAGGGGAAUUGCAAACUCACUUCAAAACCAGGUAUUCGUGGAGGAGACGGUUAUAGCGUAAGUCCUUUUUGGAAUUAAGGAAGGUGUCAAUGAGUAAAACUUUAAUCUUUUUCUUAUUUUUUUCCUUCGUCAGGCUAAUUUUUUUUCCUUAUUGUCAGACUAAUAUUUCUGCAGAAAAUAUGGAAAAUAAAGUGUUAAAAAUGUGUAACCUCACCAGCCAGCAUGGCUGCUAAUAUUUUUGUGUAUUUUCACCCAUGAAAUUUUUAAACAUAAUGAGGUCGUACUGUAUAUUGAUUGUGUAUCCUAAUUUUCACUUUUUCAUAAGCUUGUUGCAUGACUGCAGAGUAUUUUAUUAGCUGGUUAUACCCAGGCUACCAAAUAAUGUCUGUAUUAGGACUCUUUGUUGCUAGUGAUGGACACCCAACUCAAGGUGGUAGCUGUUGUUGGGUGCCAUUAGUCGAUUCCAACUCAUAGUGACCCCAUGUGACAAAGUAGAACUGCCCCAUAGGGUUUUCUUGACUGUAGUCUAUGGGAGCAGAUCACUAGGUCUUUCUCCCAUGGAGCUGCUGGAUGGGUUCAAACUGCCAACCUUUCAGUUAGCAGUGGAGCGCCUAACUGGUUGUGCCACCAGUCCUCCUCAACUCAACGUAGUUUAAGCAAAAAGAGUUUAUUCAUCUCAAAUUUUUCCUUUAGAGUUUGGUCUUCAUUUCCUGUUAUUUCCUGGCUCCUCUUUCCCUGGUGUUGGUUGUGAUAUUUAGUCCUUGCAGCUGGCAGCCUCCCCACAAAGAGGGUACGUCAUUCUCAGGAACAAGCUGGAGUCCCAAGGCUGGCUGUGUGAGGCCAGCAGGGUCCUAGCCAUUCCUGAGUCAUCACUGUGACAGGGGGACGGGGUGCUUUUGUUGGCCAGGACUGGGCCAUUUGCCCUUCCCUGGAGUUGGGGGUUCAAUUCAGCACCAUCAGAACUACAGGGACUGAGAGGAUUUUGAAGAGGGGGCUUCUGAAAGGAAAAGCGGUUAUGUUAACUGAAGGGAUACUGGGCUGGAAAAACCAAGAGCUGUUACCACUUUCCCCUGUUUUUGAACAUUGAGGUUAAUUUUUAACAUUCCAGAUUUUCCCUGUUACAAGAGAAAAUCUUUGUACAUAAAGUAUUUCCUGCAUUUCUGGUAGAGACAUUCUCAGUAGCAGAAUUCCCAAGCCAAAUUUGGUGGUGGUGGUUAGGUACUGUCAAGUCUGUUCCGACUCCUAGCAACCCUGUGUACAACAAAACGAAACACUGCCCGGUCCUGUGCCAUCCUGACAGUCAUUGUUAUGCUUCACACAUGGUACCAAAUUGCUUAGUUGAACCCACCAGCCACUCUGCAGGAGAAAGAUGUGGCCUGCUUCCGUAAAGAUGACAGCCUUGGAAACCCUUUGGGACAGUCUCUGUCCUGUAGGGUUGUUAUCAGUUGGAAUCGACUCAACGGCAUCUUUUUUUUUUUCUUUUUUACCAAAUUGCUUUUAGGAAGUGACACCAGUGAAGAGUUCUGCAAGCAGUGUGUGAAAGUGCUCAUCCAGUGCAUGGAAUUUGAUGGGUUAAAAAUAGUAUUGUGUUAUUUUAAUUAAUAAUUCUUGUGUUACUGGUGACUUUGAACAUUAAAAAAAAAAAAAAGAUGAUUUUUCCUCUUGU